UGAAGUAUGUGAAUCCAAUUACAAAACUUUGUAUCAUUCGAGCAUCGAGAGAGGAGUAUCAAAAAGUUUGGGCGUCAAUAACCAUGGUCAGGAGUGUAGGAAGUUGCCCUGUGGUGUUCAACCUACUAGACCUAAGUGGUAACAUCAGGGCAUGUAGAGCUGCAGCUUUGAAAUGUGAUGAGUUCAAAUUUCAGCAGUACCAGUCGAUGGCCGGAGCUCGCGUUACACCAGAGAUUCAGCAGCAAAUGCAGAACUAUCUAGACAAGAUCAAAGUUUUGGAACACUAACAUGACAAAUCCCGGAUAAUAUGAUGUGCGCACAAAAUGGUCCGUACACCACAGUUAUCAAGAAAGUCUCAUGACAGUGGGCUGUCUUUCCGUUACAGUUUGUGUCUAAAUCCUUGAGUUCUGCAAUAGGAUAUCUUACGCACAAGUUUUGAUCGUUAGCUGGUUCGGGUUUUGACUGUUCAAUGCCUUCAGAAACUUGAAUUUGAUUGUUCAUUGAAAUGACAUUGGGACAUAGUACUAUGCUUCAUUGUCCUUUGUAUCUGCCAAUAUUUAUCUCAUUGAUUCAUUCACAGAAAACAGUAAUUUGAAGAAUAUUUGGUAGGUCAAAUUGUUUUGUAUGUUAUACAACAUAUAAAUGUCACAAGGUUCUUCAA